GCUGUGGGCGUCUGAGCGGCGUCCAGAGGGAAGAGGCAGAAAGAGAGACUGUUGCAGCCGAACAGCCGAACUCCUCUGAUGGGUAAAAGUCGGAGCAGGAGCCGCUCCGGUUGAUCCACGGAGCCAUGAGGAGAGUCACGCUGUUCGUUAACGGGAGCUCCACCAACGGGAAGGUGGUCGCCGUGUUCGGUUCCCUGGAGGACCUCCUGACCGCCGCCAGCUCCAAACUGGGAAUCAGAGCUUCCGGUGUUUAUAACGGGAACGGAGGCCUCAUAGAUGACGUAGCGCUGAUCAGGGACGAUGACGUUCUCUACGUAUCAGACGGAGAUUCAUCUGAAGACGUUCAGGACGAGCUCAUUGGUCCAGCCAGGUGUCAGACUCACACUGAUUGGUUGACGCUGAACGUAGGCGGGCGCUGCUUCACCACCACCAGGAGCACGUUGGUCAGUAAAGAGCCUGAGAGCAUGUUGGCCCACAUGUUCAGAGAGAAAGAUGUUUGGGGGAACAAGCAGGACUCUCAGGGAGCGUAUCUGAUCGAUCGCAGCCCCGACUACUUUGAACCGAUCCUCAACUACCUGAGACACGGUCAGCUGAUCAUCAAUGAGGGCAUCAAUCCUCUGGGUGUUCUGGAAGAAGCUCGGUUCUUUGGUAUUGAACAGCUGGCUGAACAGCUGGAGACACUCAUAAAGUCGUCUCAGCCUCCUGAUGAUCAUUCACCUCUGACCCGGAAAGAAUUCAUCAGAUUCCUGCUGGCGACGACCACCAAGUCCGAGCUACGCUGUCAGGGUCUGAACUUCACCGGAGCUGAUCUGUCUCGCCUGGAUCUUCGCUACAUCAACUUCAAGAUGGCUAAUCUGAGAGGAGCUAAUCUGAGCCACGCUAACCUGAGUGGAGCUAACCUGGAGAGAGCCGACCUGUCCAUGGCCUGUCUGGACUCGGCGAACCUUCAAGGAGUGAAGAUGUUGUGCACCAACGCUGAAGGAGCGUCGCUCAGAGGAUGCAACUUUGAAGAUCCGGCUGGAAUCAAAGCAAAUCUGGAAGGAGCGAACCUGAAGAACGUGGACAUGGAGGGAAGUCAGAUGACGGGAAUCAACCUGAGAGUCGCCACACUGAAGAACGCCAAACUGAAGAACUGCAACCUGAGAGGAGCGACGCUGGCCGGGACCGACCUGGAGAACUGCGACUUGUCCGGCUGUGACCUCCAGGAAGCGAACCUCCGAGGCUCCAACGUGAAGGGAGCCAUCUUUGAGGAGAUGCUAACUCCACUACACAUGUCUCAGAGCGUUCGGUGAAAGUCCGUCUUCCAUUUUACCGCUUUAAACCACAACAGUCGCUCCAAGAACGAACACCAAACCUUUCUUUCCGUCGCUCUGAACCCACAGGUGUCUGAGUUUUCUGCUUUAUUGCACCAUUUUUAAACCACAUCUGUGUCUUUUGAGGUCUGUGAGCAGCGAUGAUGAUGAUGAUGCCUUCUGGGCCGAUGAAUGUAGUUUUAGAUGUUUUUUAACGUGUCGUAGGUGUUUGACGCGGGUUUGUGACAUUCAUAAGCCUUCAAACCGCUUUAAAGUUGCUUCAGAUACAUUUUUAGUAAAUGUAGCGUGAUUUUACAGUUUUUAUCCUUUCAGUUUCUGCAGCUCAAAUACAUUUUAAAUAAAUGUAAAAGUUUAGUGAAUUGAUGUUUCACAGAAUGUGAAAUGAGUCCAGUGUGCGUUAGAACCGGUUUUACCUCCAUCCUGUUACCUCUGACAGUUAAACGUUUGUUCUGCUUCAUUUCAGCCAAACUCACAUUAAUGUGUCUCUGUGGGUCAGAACCCGUCUGGACUCCAGUAUGGAGAUUAGAAGUCACAGAAAACAGCAUUUAAAGUGGUGGACUGGCACCCUAAUCCUGCCCAAAACCAGAUCCAGAACCUGUUAAAACCAGGUCCGAAACUAAAACUAAAACCGCUGUAAAAACCAAGCCCAGAACCAGUCUUAAACCAGUCCAAAAUCAGGUUCACAAUCAUUUGAAGACCAAUCUUAAACUAGUCUGGAACCAGGCCCAAUACCAGUCGACAUGCCGUCUAAAACCAGGUGCAAAACUAGUCCAAUUACAGUCUAAAACUAGGUCCACAACCAGUUAAAAACGGACCAAAUACAGGCCCUUAACUAGUCCAAAUCCCAGUCCAAAUUCAGUCUAAAACCAGUUUAAAAAUCUCUGUAAAACCAAAUCAAAACCAAGACUAAAACAUGUCCAAAAGAAAUCUCAAAUUAGUUCAAAACCAAAUCCAGAACCAGUCCAAGACCAGUCUGAAUCCAAAUCCAAAACCAGUUUAAAGCAAGCCAAAACUAGUCUAAGAUCUAAAACUCAAUCCAAACCUAGUCUAUAGGCAGUCCAAGAUACCAAUCUAGUCUAAAACUAAGCCCAGAACCAGUCUAAAAUGAGUCCUAACCAGGUCUUAAACUAGUCCAGAACCAACUCUGAGUCCAGUCUGAACUGGUUUAUCUGAAUAUCUAAUGAAGGGUCAGUUUAAAGUAGAGACUCAUUAAUUAAUACGUCAGGCUAAAAUGAACCAGAAUUAACUUUUAAUGAUGAAACAUUUAAAGCAGAAACAUUUUGCACAAUGUUUCACUGAACAUUUAAUAAACCUGUUGGAGUAGAUCAACAGAUUUGUCUUUGUGUUCUUCCGUUCUAACCAGACGGUGUUUGUUGUUUCCAUGUCGACAGAUAAUCGUAUAUUUUAGUAAAAGUCUGAUUCUGCUGAUGAAUAAAGUUUAUAUCCAUUGAUUCUGUGCACAUUACUGUAAACUGUCUGGUUCUGCUGCAACAUCAUGUUGAAUAAAUGUUUUUUCUUA